AUGGACGAUCUUGGCUCAACACAACAUCUGGAAAAGCAGCUGGAUACCAUUCAUGCUGUCCAGGAUGAGAUCGACGCUGGUGAUGUGAUCAUUUUUGUUGUCGACAUGUUUGUACACCGCAUUCAGGGCAUCAAGGAGAAACUCCACUGCUUUGAGGACUUCGUCCGAGCGCAGAUGGAAGAGCCACGCGCUCGCGACAGCCGUAGCGAGAGCGUCCGGGGGUCGAGGUGUUUGUCCACGGAGGACCUGGGCAACAAAGCUCGGGAGAGAUCUGGCACCGUGGACGACAUGAAGCAGCUGCAAGAGCCGGUGGCGCUGACCGAACAUCGGGAAAAGAAAUGGGAAAGCACAGCUGGCUGGUAUUGGCCCCUGGGCACAGUGAGCUCCUUGACCCAGACGUCCAACUUCCUGGGCCCCGGGAAGGAACUGCGCCUGCACAACCGCUGGAUGCAGCUGUCCAUGCAGGCCGAAGCUUUGUUGGCGCUGUCGGAGUACAAGCGCACAACGCAGUCCUCCUUUGCCAACAAAUAUGCUCCGCACAAUACUUCGGGACUCUCAGAGGCCUUGGAUCAUUCUGGACCGGGGGUCUUCCACCCUUUGGGGAAGGUUCGAGUGGUAUGGGACCUUUGUGGUCUGGCCUUGUUGUUGGCAGAUGCCAUCUUGCUGCCAUUGUCGCUGGCCUGGGAUUGGCAUCAAGGUACCGAUGAACCCGGCAGCCUCUUUCUGCUGGUGGUGUUUCUACUUAGCCUCCUCUUUUGGAGCGUAGACAUUUGCAUGAAUCUGAACACAGCUUUCUACCAGAGGGGUUUCCUGGUCUUUAGCCGCUGGGAAAUUCUGAAGCAUUACCUUCAGACUUGGUUCAUCAUCGAUGUGGCAGUGGUCACCUUGGACUAUGUGACCUUAGGCAACUACAUUGCCGACGCCGAGCGGAGCAGUUUGGGCCAACUGAUGCGCUCCAUGCGCGUGGUCCGCGCCUUUCGCUUGGUCAGGCUCUUGAAGAUGGCCCGCUUCGAUGAUUUGAUGCAGGAGAUUGCAGCAUCAACUGGCAGACAGUGGAUCAUGUUGGUUGUUGCCAUCAUCAACUCUGCGGUGGCUAUCCUCCUGGUGGCCCACGUGAUGACUUGCUUCUGGUACUUCGUGGGGCGCCAGGUGGAGAAUGAGGGCAGACAAAGCUGGCUCUCGUUGGAGGGGGCCAAUGACAAGGACCCCUUCACACAGUACUUGCACGCCUUUCGAUAUAUUAUGGAUGCCCCGUCACCACCGGUGAUUACGGCAGAUAGUGUCGUAGAGCGUUUCUUCGACAUUUUGCUGAGCAUCUUCUGCUUGGUGGUCAUUGGUAGUGCCAUCUCGAAAAUCUCGGGCACCAUGGUGGAGCUCCGAAGCAUGAACGAAGCCAAGAGCAAGCAGCGCUAUGAGAUCCGGCAGUACCUGCACAGCCAAGAUGCCUCCUUUGAGCUGGUCAGCAGGGUCAUGAAGUUUGUGGAAUACAAGCUGGAAAAGAUGAUGCCCACCACCUUUGAUUCCAGUUUGAUCUCCCAUACUUUGCAAACCGAGCUCUCCGUGAAUCAGAGAUCUCGAUUUAUCGAGACGGUGCCCAUCUUCGCUCUAACGCAGACGCUAUAUCCAGAGGUCUUUUCAAGCGUCUGUGUGGUGCUCAAGAAAGUGGUUUGUGAAAAUCAAGAGGAGGUAUUUGUUGCUGGAGCCUUGUCGACGUGCAUGUACAUCACUGUGACGGGGGAGUACAGCCACGUGCAAGGCUAUGACCUAACUAUGGAUCCCAAAAUCCUCACAGGUGUGAACAGAUUGGAAGAGCUGGCGUUGUACGUGGACGCACUGGCCCACCAUUCUUCUCUGUUUGCGACCACUUUUGCCGAAAUGUUCACGUUAGAUGGUGACAACUUGGUGACAUGCCUGCAGAACUCCCCCAGCUGUGCUGCCAUGUUCUUCGAGUACGCGAAAGAAUUCACCGCAGCAGUGAAAAAGGCUGGCGGUAACGCAGAUUUCGAAGAGCAAGCGAUGCUGGCUGAACGAUGUUGCAAGAAAACCCAGAUCUAUCAGGAUCUCUAUCCUGACCAGGAGACGCGUUUGGACAACAUCGACCUGUCCAAUUUGCCCGUGGAGAAGCCCUUCACCUCGGAAGCCACGGGUGCCUUGGGCUCCAACAGUCUAUCCUUCUUUGGCGACCACGACUUCUUUGGUGACGCGUCCAAUUCCAUGGGUGAAGUGGCUCAGGAGAAACCAUUGAAAGGCUUGGAAAUGGAGCAGAGUGGAAACCUGCAGUGGAUGAUUGAGGAAGGCUGGAAGAGGGACCUACAGGUGAACACCCUUCCGGCACAGCUCCAGGAGUGCUUGCCUGAGUUGCAUCCGAAUGAUGGCCCGCACGCCAUCUUCGAGCAGCCCUUGGAGAGAGAUCGGGCCGAGUCCUCGUGCAUAUGUACUUUGGCUUUGAUUCACGACCGCUAUGAUAUCUUCACGAUGCCUCAGCCACCCUCUGCCAAGCUGUUGGAGAAGCAGUGGCAGAUCCUACAGACCAUCAUCAGAUGGGUUGAGCCAACUUACGAGAAGAUCCAUGCAGUCCUGGUGUUGCUGGCCAUCCGUUCCCUUGGAAAGUCCAAGGCCGUGGCGAAUCAGUGUCCACAAAACGAGCGGAGUCCAGAGAAUGUGGUCCUGCAUUUGAUCGAGGAGUACCAGAAUGUGGUACCUUCCGUCCAAGGUUUGAAUGCUGCAGGCAUCAAGUAUGCCAAAGGUGCAUUACACCUGCAUUCCAUGUUCAAUUUGGCGCAGAUGUUGCAGGGAGAGAACGUACCUGCCAACGUGAGCCAAUUGCAGGAGAGCAUCAAGCGGGAUGGGGUGGAAGCGCUGAGGUUUUAUAUCCUCUUUCUGCUGGGCUUCAUGAGCGGUUUGAAUGCUGGCCGUGGCUCAAAGUUCCUGACAGCCAAGCGAGCCGAGAGCUUUAUCGAAGGAGUGCGGAUUUUGAAGUACCUCUUAGAGGCAUCGCCCUGCGGCAUCUACUGGGGCUAUCUAUCCUCUAGAGCGCACCGCCUGGGAGUGCCAUGUCAAACGGCUGAGGAACUGGUGCUGAUUCGACUGGCCUGUUUGGCGCGAGUGGAGGAUCGCAGUGCCUACCGCCAGCUGGAGGAGUGUUGGGCAGCCCUGGGCAGUGUCGAGCGCUCCACGUUGCUCCAUCACUUCUUGGCUGAUGGCAUUGAAGAGACGGCCUUUGUCUUCGAGUUUCUGCCAGAUUGCGUGGCAAAUGCUGUGCGCAAUCCCAACAUUGGCUUGACAUGUCUUCUUGAGAUCUUAGUUUGUCUCCUCAACAUGCUGCAACCUGCAGCGCCUGGCCUUCUGGCCAACAUGAGUCAGUGCAAACUGAUCCUGGUGAACCUGUCGGACAUGAGCGAAUUCAUCACAUGUGUGAGGAACCGUUUUGUGUUUGAAACGUGUGUCUCAAGAUGCAAAGUUCGCUUCACAGGAGGCAGAGUUCAACUUGAGAUGACAGGGAGCAACUGGGCCCGGGUCAAUGAGCCCAAUUCGGACAUUACCAGCCUUGCCUACAGCGUCAAGGAUGUCUUGCAAAAGCAACGCACCUUGGAAACGCAGAUCCUACAGCAAGGCUCCCAAGGCUUUCGGUCCAUUGCAAUGAGCAAGCUGCUGAAAGAAAAAUCCAAGACCUUCAACAAACUUUGCCAAGAAGGCACGUCCGACAUUGGGAUAUUCUAUGUUGCGACCCUAGAUCAUGAUCUCCAUGACGGCUACGGAAAUUCCGUCAGUGGCCAGGACAACAUGUGGUCAGAAAGUCUUUUUCAGCUUUGUGGAUCACAAACUCGUCUGUCAUUUGAGAUUCUCGUCUUAACCGCCUGCACGCCAUUCGGUGACGGCGAUGUUUUGUCGAUGUGGGUUGGCCUUGCAGAUGGAGAAGGACCCAAUUCCAAGGACAACUGCUGUGUGUUUCAGACCUGGGAGCUGAAGGCAGUGGUUGAGACAGUGAAUGACGAGCAGCUCGCUGAGGAUGCCUCUGCGGCGGGGGAGUUGAAACUCUUGCUGAGUCGGCAGUGGAGACCCACUGGGCAGAGCGCCUUAGACGAAUUUGUCGAUUGGAUCGAAUCUGCCAUCGAUUCCAUCGAUGCUGAGGUUCGCCGGCAAGUGGAGUUUCGCUGCCGGUCAUCUUUGCUCCACCGAAGAGAUCAACGCCGUGGUUCAGCGCUGGCCUCGGGGAAGAUCGGAGAGAAGAACUUCACAAUUCAGGAUCGGGCGGGCAUAGAUGGGACACUGCAUCGAAUCUCUGCAGUGCGCAACGCGACUGGAGAUGUUGCCUUCAGCUUAGGUGAGAUCGCGGGCUGUGGAGACGAGCCACACAAAUCCGCGGGCAGAUCUUUGAAAGACAUGGUGCCUAUUCUCGAAAAACGCGAAGCAGAAGCGAGGCGUGAUGACUGGCUGGAAGCCAGAUUGAGGUACCAGUCUGCGACCUUUGGCACGGCACCUCAAGAGACCAAGUCUGGUACGUACAUCUACUCUGGAAGCCCUAGUGGAUUCCAUGAGUGGGAGUUCAGGACCCGAAUACGUGUGGAGUUCCUCAAGCAGAAGAUCAAGAAGAAGGCUUUGGAACACAAGUCCAAGUCUACGUCAACUUCACCUGAACGAGGACGUGCUGAAAGGAGCCCCGUCGCUGGACGAGGAGGAGACGAUGACGCCCAGGCGACUGAUGUGCCUGGAGCACGAAGACACAGCGGAAGUCCCGAAGAUGGACAAGCUGGACAUGAUGGGCAGGAAGGGCAGCCCAAAGGGUCGCAAAAGCCUUGGUAUGGAAACAACAAUAAACAACAUGAAACAACCGCUCAGCCCAUUGGUCAGAAGCCAAUGGGGAGACCUGGCAUGAGCCAUCAUGAGCCAGAGGAGUAUCACGGGGGAUAUGAGUACGAAGAACACUAUGAUGAACAUGGGUGCAUGGCCCACCCUGAUGAAUCAGAACAGCCCACUGAGUGGGACUAUGUUGAAGAUGAGGACGCUGCAGUUGCUUUGGUCGCCAUGGCUGAGUGUGACCAUGAUGAAACUCCAGCUGAUGGGUUUGAUGACCUUCCAGAAGCUGCCCAACAGCUUUAUGUAGGUUACGUGGCCGCUGGCCACAAGGGGAAGACCAAGGGUUUCAAAGGCAAGGACAAGGGCAAAGGCAAGGGUAAGCACGUUUUCCGAACACAGCUCAGUGUACAGGAUCGUGUCAAGCGUUUGGCAGAGCUGAAGGCUCGUUCCAAAUGUCUCCGAUGCGGAAGCACCGGUCACUGGGCAGGUGACCCUGUUUGUAAGUUCCCCAGCAAGGGGAAGAACAAGCCUGGUGUAGGGUAUCUUGCAAUCAGCGAUGAGGAGUCAUCUGCAGGUGAGUAUGGUGUUUUGCAUGUGCGCUCACGUCAGGAGAAAGAACAUGCUGCAUUCAUAACUUACAGGACCCCAGUUUCCAGACCACCUUCAGCAGGUGGAUCAGUAGGUGGAUCAGCCGACUCAGGUGAUUUUAGCAUGGUUAGUGUUAGUGACAAACGCAAGGACAGAGCACGUCGAAUCCGUGUCCCGGCCUCCCGGGAAGUGAAAGCUUGCCUGAUGGGUCUGGGGAGCAAUGCCUACACUCAGGCUGUCCGAGAGGCAGACCCCGAGCACUGCUUCAUGGCAGUAGCACUGUCACCCAUGGAUGACCAGAUUGUUGGACCUGCUUUGCGUGUGGUUGACAUUUGGAAUGAUGAAGGUGUUUGGACAGUGUUGGAUGAAGGCGCGUCGCGAAGCCAUGACAAGAGUUGUGGAGAACAUGACGCAGGGACGUCCGAGUUGCUGAAGCCAUUGAACAUUGGGGCCCCCGGAAUGGAUGACUGGAUGCCAAAGGUAUUGGUGGUGGAUGAGAUUGGAACCCAGGGUGAGGCCUCAGCUGCUCGCACCAUUGGCGAACGAGGUGUCCAGCUGGUGGCAACUGCCCACGGGCACAAUAUCUUCGAUCUGCUGGCCAACACCGAGUUAAGGGACUUGGUGGGAGGUUUGGUCUCAUCAACUUUGGGUGAUGACAAUCCCCGAUACAAGGAGACCGGUCGUUGGGCACUGAGUAUCCGAAUCCGCACGAGCACCUGUGGUUGUUACACGGCCAACGGGAUACGCAUAAUGUUUAGUGGCUGGUUGAUUCAUUCACCUAUCGUUGGUGGUCUGGUACUUUUUAAACAUCAUUUCUGUUAG